AGCGUCGGGUCGGGUCGGGCAUGGAAGGCCGCAGCAAAUCAGGCCCAGGCAUUUCAGGGCUGGACGAGCUCUUGAUGAAGCCUCGUGCUCGGCUUCCGCCCCUUCAAAGUCCCGCACAAGGCUGCAUUCCAACUGAAUCCCCCGCUUCUGGAGCAGCUGCCUCUGAACUGGCUCCUCCGUCCUCCGUGGCCGUUUGCCAUCGCUUCACGUCCUUGUCCUUCAUGUUACGCUAGUUGGCCGGUCAGGCCAUUCUCCCGGCCGCUGGGCGAUGGCUGCGAACGGUAGCACCACAAGAGUCCUGAAGGACUUGGCUCUGCGACGGCUGGUGCACCCUCCGGGCCUGUCGCACUUCGCCUCCAACGGGCUCCCGCCGCCUUCGCAUGACACGACAUCGGCCGCUUACCACGUUACGCAGGCCAGCUUCCUGCUGCAACUGGACCUCGCCGUACAGGCCUCAUGGGCAGCCCGCCAUCGCAGCAAAUAUGUGGACGUCAAGGUGCUGCUCAUGACGUGGCAGAGCGACGACCUCGGCGUCGAGCGCGAGGCCCAGGCUCUCCUCUCCGUCUUCCGCGACCUGUACAGGUUUGACUGCGAGUACUGGCAGAUCCCCGAUCGCGACUCGGCUCGCGAGGCCACCAAGAAGGUCAUCGCGCACAUGGAGAGGGCCAGCAGCAGCCCGGACAACCUGUUCAUCUUCUAUUACGCCGGCCAUGCCAGCCCGAAUCCUCAUUUCCCGGGAGGUCUGCCUACCUGGGUCGCCAAGUACUGUAGCCAGCUACAUCGUGGCCUUGCAGCCGAACGAGGACUGAUGAGGUCUCGCACUCUCCAGCCGCACGCCGAGUUCCCCCAAAUUCGACUCCAGCUGCAUCCAGCCGCACCUCUGCCACGUCGAUGACGGGUCGCCAGACGUCUUGCUCCUCUACGACUCGUGCUACCCAGCCAAUGGGCAGGGGCCCAUCGAGUCGAGCAAGGCGGUGAUCGAGCUUCUGGCCGCCUGCGGCUUCGAGGCGCGCGCUCCCGAGGUCGGCCGGGACUCGUUCACCUACUCGCUCAUCCAGGAACUCGCCAGCGCCGCCGGCCGCAGCGCGGGCAUC